UUUACGUCGACCUAGAAAACGCUUGCUUAACCUUGAUUGGCUGUACUCAGGCGAGUGCGAUGCAUGGGAUUCCCUCAUCAGAUGUUGCAAAGUAUGAGGCAAUGUUCGACCGGUUGGUCCCCGUGGAUGGGAAACUGGAUGGCGAAAAGUGUAAACCAACAAUGAUGAAUUCCCAGCUGUCGACAGAGACACUCAGACGCAUUUGGGAUCUUUCGGACAUCGAUGCUGAUGGCAGCUUAGACAAGGGCGAAUUUGUUUUGGCUAUGCAUCUUAUUCAUCUGUGUGUCGAAGGCGAAAUGUUGCCGGAUGUUUUGCCCCAGAAUCUAAUACCUUCCGGAAAAGAACGUUACUUCACUGGUGUCCCUCCUCCGCCCCCCACCUGUUCAUUUACCCAAUUGAGUAUAGCUCCAAAUCUUGCACUAGUUCCUUCCUCCAAAGCCGCGUGGUCAAACCUUGGCGAAGCUCAACCAAGUGGACAUCUUUCACCCCAUCCCAUCAUCAGUCCAAUCCCCUCCUCCUCUUGGCCCUAUUUUGCGAGCAAUCAACCAUUUUCCUACCCCCCUUGGGCGAUCUCUCCUGAGGAAUUGGCCAAGUCCUCACGCAUUUUUUCGACUAUUGAUCUAGACGCAGACGGCUUAGUUUCCGGUACAGAGGUACGUGACAUCCUUCUGCGUUCCGGCUUGCAACAAUCUAUUCUUGCUCAAAUUUGGGACCUUGUGGAUAUCCAGUGUUCGGGAAUGCUUAACUGUGAGCAGUUUGCCGUCGCAAUGCAUUUGGCCACAGAGCAGCUCUCAAGUAUGCCCUAUGCCAACCCACUCCCCAUUAUCCUACCACCGGCGCUGGUCCCUCCCAGCCUCCGGCCUCUACCGCCAGAUCCAGCGAUGUUUGAAGAAUCGAACAGACUGAUAGCCGAAAUAGAAGCUCUUAACCGUUCUGUUUUCGAAAAGUUGCAGGUGAAUAGUCUGGAUGGUAGCGUCAACAGUCUGGACACUGGUUUAGGUGGCUCCACCAGGGCCGCCGCCGCACAGAAUGGUGCUACCACGUUUCCUGACCCAGUUUGGCCCGAUACCUCAGUUCCGGCAGGGCGCCCUUUGGGUGCCGCCUCUGUCCCGCUCUCGGUCAUGUCCUCCAACCCGGUUAGUGCCUUCGACGAAACACCAUCAUUGCGAGGGCAAGCCGUUUCUGCAUUGGGGUUACCGAUAGUUAGUGGCGAUCCAUUUCGUGACGCUGAUCCAUUUGCUACAACUUCAGGAAUCCGAGAUUUCUCUUCAGCCUUAAACGCCCAAAAAGAUGACUUGUUUGGACCAACUAGUUUGUUUCCAUCGUCAGAUCCAUUCAAAUACAUAGACCCGUUUGGCGGAGAUCCCUUCAGUGUACCAACAAACACGGUAAACGGAAAGAAUUGCUCUGAUAUUAUUUCAGCUUUUGAUCCGUUUACUUCCACGGUUAACCCAGUCAUGGAAUCCAAAAGCAUAGUAACGGGCGCGGAUUUCGAUGCGGUUUUCGGAGCCCCCGAUGCCCCUCCUCCCACUUCGGUGGAUCCCUUUGGUGCCGAUCCCUUCUCCAGCGUGGAACAAAAGGCACUGUGCAGCGACCUCGAACCAAAACGAUCACCUCCCCCACGUCCCAAGACACAGCCUGGUGCAGGCAAACAGGCACGAGAACGCAAAUCCAUCGGUGACACACCAGACUUUACAUCCAGUCUCGGAGCACGUCACUCAGUUGGCAGUCUUCCUGAUUUCUCCGUUCCGACAGUUGGCCUAAAAAGUUCCGCCAUUCCUUCAACCCGAGUCGAUGGACGGUUACCCACUAGCGCAGAUACACAAAAGUGGAGUUCUAUCUCCCGUGGGCGGUAUACUAACAAACCCAAGAAAGAGGGUGACUCCGGCUCCAUCUGGUCAAGUCAUUCCUCUUCCAAGACAGGUUGUAAGCCCUGCGAUACAUCAGAUUGGAAUCCGUCUGGUCUAACUGAAGACCAGCAGUUGUCGAUAGCCACUAUGGAGAGCCAGCGUCUCGCCCAACUUGAGGCGAAAGCACGACGACAAGAGGAAGCUGACCUUGAAUUGGCUAUAAUGCUGAGCAAAAUGAACUCGGCAGCAACGUAAUGUGUAUCGAAGUUGUCGCGCCACUCGUCGACCUCUUAAACUCUCCCCCCCCCCCAAUGUUCCAACUGUUGCCUUGCGAUUGUUCCUCCUAUCCAACGCGUUUAACUUGUCUUAUACAACCAAUUGUUUGGUCAAGUUUAGCCCCAUCCCUUCAAGCAUUAUUUCUUUUCAGUUAUCCAAUGAAACGUUACCCGUUGUAGAUUGAUCACGGUCUUAAAUUGCCCACAAGAAAUGCAUCUUAUACUUG